UUCCGAAUUUUUGUUUGGACAUUUUUGAUUUUUGCUUUCAAGGUAGCGAUAUUUUUCGUUGAUAUCGAAUAUAUUCCGGAAGAUAUCAAGGAUAAAAAUAUUCAGCAUUAUAUCGUUAACAGUUGUUCCAGCGGAAGGACUUCCGGAUCGAGGGAAAGGAUUUUUACAACGCAAUUUUCACAAUGCAUCUCUUCUUCUACAUGAUCUACGUGACGACAAUGCUGGCCAUCGUUUCAGGAGCCAGAAUGAGAGGAGACGCUGGUUGUGGCGUCUUUGGACAUUCAUGUCUCGGUGGACAUGGCAAACGAGCUGUCGAUUUGAAACCAAUCAUCGACGAUCCGUCCACUCGAAUUUGGCCUAAUGCUGUUGGACAGCUCGCAUCAUCUGGAGCUGUAACUCCCAUUCAAGAGCGAUUAAACACGAAACCGCUUCAAGCUUUAGAACUGGAAUCGGUUUUGGUAUUCAAUGACAUCCCACGAGGCGCUGAACAUUCCAGGUAUUUGAGCCAAGAAGAUUAUAACUGAUCCGGAUCGCCUUUUUUCAUUUUGGCCGACACCUUUCUCGCUCCCCCCUUCUCCAAAGAAAUCCAGUCAACCAUGUUUUUCCGUUGUAAAGGUCAUUGUAAGGAAGCAAAACUAAGAGAGAAAUGCACAGGGUCGAUCGGUCAUAACGGGCGUUAAUCGACCGGCAAACUUGUCAGUACGAGAAAGUUAUGGAGAAAAAAAAGAAAACGGACACAAUGAC